CUGUUUUUCUUUGUGGAUACAAUUUGGCUUAUUCCAGGUACCAUUGCACGGGUCUUCACUUCAGUUCAAGAUACCGGUGAUACGCUGUUGAUCGUUUCGUUUGCAAUAGCAGCAGUUUUGAAUGCCGUCCUUUUCGUACAAUUCUUCCUUUAUUGGAAUGAGGCUAAACGCGUGUACUUUACUGGUUUGGGCUCUCUUGUGUAUGCUUAUCGUACAAAUCCUAGUGAAUUAAGGACGAUGAAUGAAUUAAGAGAGUUACGUCAGAGAAUGACAUUGUUGCCGGCAUCUAUACAUAAUAAAGAAACAGAUGCGGAGUUAGCAGAACGAUCCUUGCUUCUCAAUCAAAAUCGUUUACAUUACUACAAUUUGUGGUUUUUCUCGUUACUGGUGCAAUCUACACAUGAUAGUGCUGUAAGGAUAUAUGAGUCUCAAGACACAAAUCUCAAGGACUGGGCAGUGGUCGAAUUCUUCAAUAACAUUUAUGAUGUUGGAGUUUUUGGUAGAUGGAGACGACUAGAACAAAAAUUCAAGGAUUAUGAUAUCAAUCAGGAGGAACUCAACCAGUUACCUGAUUAG